UGAGAGGCGCGAGGGGGUAUACUGCGACGCUCAUUCGGGGCACUGUGCAGCGUCCGCGCUCAGUAACAAAUCCUCGAGAGAAACAAACCGAAACACUCCUGUGUGAACUGAUUUGCGGAUGCCUACUUGUAGUGGCGGCAGAAUUCGGGCAAACGUGUACGCGUCAGGAGGACAUUAAAUGGUCCUCCGAAAACAGGCGAUUGAUUGGUUCACGCGAGCGUUGCGUUUCACGUGCUCAGAAGUGUGGAGGAUUCGCGUCAGUUAUGCAAGCGUGCUGCGAUUGUUUCCUGGCUUUGCUGUCGUGUGGCGUGAAGUGAUUUCUAUGCAGCAGAAGAAAGAGAAAAGCAGGCAGCCCUGGCCCCUGACACACGGGCAGUCUGGUCGGACUACUGAGCUCGCUCACUGAACGGUCCCGGCGCGCGGGUUGAGCUGCACGAUACUGGACACGGAACGCGAGAGAGGAAGACAAAAAGACUAUCCAAGGAUGACUCUGGGGACGGACAUGUCAGACAGCUCCGCGCUGUCCGACGACGUGGACAUCGACGUGGUCGGGGGGGACAUCGUGAAGGAAGGGAAAUACCUUCACCAUCACACUUUCCACUUGGACAAUGACUCCGACGACAAUCUGCCCCAGAAUGCGAGGGAACGUGCAAGCUCUCCGGGUCACAGCGGUUUGGAGUGCCCGGGUGCGCGCGGUGGAGCCGAGGGCGAAGCAGCGGCCGGAGCACUGACCGGAGACAAGCCGGGUAAAAACGCUCUCGUCAAGCCUCCGUAUUCGUACAUUGCCCUGAUCACUAUGGCUAUUUUGCAGAGUCCAAAGAAGCGUUUGACGCUUAGCGAGAUCUGCGAGUUUAUCAGCAACAGGUUUCCGUAUUACCGGGAGAAAUUUCCUGCCUGGCAGAACUCAAUUCGUCACAAUCUGUCUUUGAAUGACUGUUUUGUCAAAAUCCCCCGUGAACCUGGCAACCCGGGAAAAGGCAAUUACUGGACCCUAGACCCCGAGUCGGCUGACAUGUUCGACAACGGGAGUUUUCUACGCAGGAGGAAACGUUUCAAGAGACAUCAAAACAACGAAAUUCUCAGGGAAACCGGAGGAUUCCUGCCCGGAUUGUGCUAUAGUCCGUACGGCUACAACUACGGGCUCCAGCUACAAAACUUCCACGCACAUCACCCGUAUCACGCGCACCACCCGGGAGGAACUUUCUCCUUCCAGAGCUCGCCCUGUGCCCUUCCCUCUCCCGCGUCGAUCUUCUCCACGCCGCACGCUUUACCGUCGCUCUUAGGGGCUGAUUUGCGGAAGCCGUUCUACCCACAGCUCAGUCCUACGCUGCCUGGACUGGCGUCACACAAAACGGACGCAGGCGCACCGACUCGGCCCUCUUUCUCCAUAGACAACAUUAUCGGUGCGGCUAGUUCCCCGGCCCCGACCUACGCCUCACAGCCGCCGGGGCAGGCUCAGAUUUUAGCCAUGCUGACCCCUUCACUUGCUUCAUCCUCCCAGGAAGCAGGGGUCCCGGCUGGUGUUCAUAGCCUCUCCGGUAAAACGAGUCUUAACAACUGUCAUUUCUAGAACGGCAACGAAACGAAAGCGCGUGAGUUUGUUCUCUGGUUCGGUCAUUUGCUAAGGUAGGACACGUUUUUGUGGGGCUAAAACAAUUCUCACCGGUUUAUGUUUUAUGGAAAUCUGGGGGUUUAAAAACGUUAUUAUUGGGUUAUAUUUAUGAACUGUAAAUAUGUACUAUACUAAGAAACAUCACUAAGGAAGAAAUUACGAUCAUUUAAAAAGUACCACGAGGUUAAGAUUUCACUUUUUGCCGGUGGGCCUCUGCCUGAAUCCAGAUGUUUGAAGUAGAAACUGUCGAUUCAUUUUACUCAUUGUGAUCGGAUUUUCCUGUCGGUGGGCUUAAAUGAAGAUUGUUAUUGCUAUUUUAUUGUUCAUAUAUUUUGUGAGUUUGUGAAAAGCACUGUUAAUAGCGAGCCCAAAAACUCAGGUUUACUUUUUUUGAAAGCACAUUGCCGCGGGCAAUGGGGUUGUAAACAAUCACCGAACCCGUGCUCCACUGCCCCUCGAUGUCCGAUCAGUCGUGUGUCGGUGAAUUCAUAGUUAACUUUAUUUUAUUUUUGUCACUAGACGAUUAUGUGGCGUUGAUGUAAAUCGCAUUACCUCUCAUUCUGUUUGACUGUUUGUGCAUACGCUCUUAUUACAUUGAAAAUAAUCUGUGAAGAGAAUGUUAUGUGUAAAGACGGAUAAAAGACGUGAUGUCCAUAGGUCAUUUUGUUGUAAUGACAAGAAAAUAAAUGUUUUGUGAAUUUUAAA